CCUGAACACGUGCCUCAAAUUUCUUUGCAAUCUGUUCAGCAGGAGCGAAAAAUGGUGUGUUCUACGUUCUAGGGAUUUUUCUAGGGACUGUCGGAUUUUACUAGGGACCUUUUGACGUGGAACAGCUGAUUGUAUUAUAUACGUUAUUCGUCUGACUAUUCUCAACUGUUCUCAACAUCAAGAUGGCCGCGGUCGUGAGAGUGCAGUAAGGGUUGUAUGAUUUUUGGCUUAUAUCGCCAUUUACGACGUUUGGAGCCGUUGUCAUUGAUAUUCAAUAUUUUCGGUUGAAUUUUAAAAAUGACAGCGGGUACAAGCUUAGUAGUACCCAUAGUUUUAUGGGGUCGUAUAGCCCCAACUCAUUGUAUUUCCUGUAUCUAUUUGUCCCGAGAUCAAAAAACAUUAGUAACAGGAUGUUAUGAUGGUCAAAUAUGUUUGUGGCAAGUUGAUCCUGAAACAUUGAAGAUGACGCCAAGAUGUUUACUUGUUGGCCAUACUGCACCAAUAAUGUGCCUAAGUCGAGCAAGUGUUAUUAUGGAACAAAAUUAUAUUGUUAGUAGCAGUGAAAGCGGAGAAAUGUGCACUUGGGAUUUAGUUGAUGGAAAAUGUAGAGAAGCUGUGAAACUUACCAAUGUUCAUACACAGAUGUUGCCUUAUGUUUCUGCUGGUGGAGAAGAUGUCAGACUUUUUUGUUCUGGGUACUAUCCCGAAGUUUUAGUGAUGGAUCCUUUUAGCUUGGAGAUUUUGUUUACCUUAAGUUCACGAGUUAACCCUGACUGGAUUAGUGCAUUGCACGUUUUGCGACCGGCCAAACGGAAAGGUCGGUUCUACGUGCAUACAAACGACGUUGUGCUGGCCUUAACGACAACUGGAACAGUCAAGGUGUGGACUCUUCUUGGGCAUGAGAAUCGCAACAGUGAACCUCUAUAUGAACAUGAGAGUAAACAAAUAAGGUGUCUAAAUGCGCUGGCAAUGACUUGCUGCCCCUAUAACCAAAGGACUGUAUUAAUUGUGUGUUCCAAACAUUGGCAGAUAUACGAUGCCGGUGAUUUUUCUCUUCUAUGUUCAAUUACUGCACCUUGUGGUGAACGUUGGAUGUCUGGAGAUUUUUUAGCUGCAGACAGAGUCAUUUUAUGGAGCGAUGAAGGUCAUGGUUACCUCUACAAACUACCAGCUAAGAGUCUGGUACAACUUGACAGCAAGCUAAAGGGCAAGGCUCUCAGCAGUAGCGUUGCAGACAAUAAAAAUUUUCAUACCGCGGGUGCUGAAUAUGAUCAACCUUAUUUGUACUGCACUUUAACACAACCUGGCGAUAGGCCGCUAUCGUGCCCACCAGCGAUGCGAUUAGUUACAGUUCAAAGGCAGAAUAAAACAUUGAAGUAUUUAUUACGUGGUGAUAGCGAAGGUGUUGUUGUUCUUUGGACAGUACCAGAAGUAACAACUCAACAACUAGCUCAAAUCAGUCAAAAUGAUUGCUCAACUUCACUCUCGUUGCCGCCUGUGGUAAAGACAAGUUUAAGAGCUGCUUGGGAAGAAAUGAGACCACCACCGGUUGGAAUAUUAGAUCAAUUAGAUACUGGAGAUGGGCAUGGUAUAAAGUUAACAGCUAGUAUAUAUUUACCGCAACAGAGUCGUCUUGUUGUUGGUCGCGAAGACGGCAGUAUUAUUAUUGUUCCUGCUACACAAACGGUGAUGCUUCAAUUACUUCACGGCAAUCAUCAACAAUAUGAUGAUUGGCCUCCUCAUCAAGUACUUUUGGGUCACUCUGGUCGAGUGAAUUGUCUCUUAUAUCCACACGGAGCAGCACCGCGUUACGAUCGUACACAUCUUGUUUCUGGUUCUGUUGAUUUUGCUGUAUGUUUAUGGGACCUUUAUGCUGGUACCCUUAUUCAUAGAUUCUGUGUACAUGCGGGGGAAAUUACGCAACUGAUGGUACCACCUGAUAAUUGUAGUCCUAGGAUUCAAAAGUGUGUCUGCAGUGUUGCAUCAGAUCAUAGUGUUACUUUGUUAUCAUUAGCGGAAAGGAAAUGUGUUGUUCUCGCUUCUCGACACCUGUUUCCAGUUGUUACGAUAAAAUGGAGGCCACUGGAUGAUUUUAUGAUAGUUGGAUGUUCGGACGGAGCUGUAUACGUAUGGCAAAUGGAAACUGGUCAUCUAGAUCGUGUACUACAUGGUAUUAUUGCUGAAGAGGUACUCUACGCGUGUGACGAAAAUACUCUGGCUACGGCUGGUGGGUCAGCCGCGGGCGGUGAACUAGGCUUAGCUAAUCCUGCUGUGCAUUUCUUUAGAGGCUUGAGGCACAGAAAUCUUUCGGCUAUACGACAUGCCACACAAAGAGGGUUACAUCAAUUACAACAGCUUCAUGGUGGACAAGGAGUAGAUCAUGGAAAUCAGAUAAAAGCAAAAGGCACACCUUUAAUGAUUCAAGGCUUCAGAAGUAAUCCUAAAGAUCCAGAAAGUCAUAUUUUAUUUUUUGACAUAGAAGCAUUAAUAGUACAAUUACUUAGCGAUGAAUAUGGAGCAAUGUCACCAGGUUCUUUGGAAGCACAGGGUUUAAUUUCAGCAUCCGAAUAUCAAAAGGUUGCAGCACUUACACAAUCGGCUAGUCCAGAUGCUCACAAAAAAAUCGCAGACUUUUUCGGUCGCGUCAAGGAUAAGGCAGGAGACGUUGAACGAAUUUUAAAGGAGAAGGAUCGUCACGGUAUAUUGGCUAAAAUGAAGGAGGGUGCAGAAAACGUACACACUAAGAUUCAGGCCAAGGUGGAAAGCGUUGGCCUCAAGCCGUCGACUCUCGAUGGCAAAGGUGAUAAUUGGAAUAACAACGAAGCUGCUAAAAAUAAUUUGAAAAGAAAUGGUGCAUUUAGCGAACCAAACGCAACUAUGGAAGUUGCUCAGCUUAUACUAAGUUUAUUGCAUGCUUGGGGUAUGGAUCCAGAUUUGGAUCGUGUUUGUGAAGGAAAACUGGGCUUAUUAAGGCCUAUGGUUCCUGUUUCAUUUGGAGUAUUAUCUAAAGGAGGAUAUAUGUCGCUAUUACUGCCAACUUGGCAAACGCAAUUGGAGCCAAUCGGUGAACCUGCAACACAGCUGGAGCAGCGUUUACCGGCUGAAUUAGUCAGACAAGAAAGACUUACCAGAGCAUUCACAGCGAGAGCACAUUGGGAACUCUCUACUACAUUAACCAGUAAUCAUUUGUUAGCAGUAGUUGCUUUGGCAAAUACAUUAAUGUCAAUGAACAAUGCAACUUUUGUACCUGAGCAAGAACGAAAUAGAAAAAUGCAUAGACCUGGUAAUAGAUCCACAGUUAAUUGGAAUAAAGCAGAAGAAGAAAAUGAAGAAAUUUAUACAGCACAGCAAGCACAGAUUAAACAAGGAUGGUCGUUGUUAGCGACGCUACAUUGUGUACUUUUACCUGAUAAGGUAACUUCACAAGGUGGUGCGAAAACAUUUAAACGUCCUCAGGUUGAAAUGAUGGCACGAAGAUGGCAACAUCAAUGUCUUGAGAUCCGUGAAGCUGCUCAAGCUUUGUUACUCGCUGAAUUAGGUAGAAUGGGGCCAAAAGGAAGGAAAGCGCUUGUAGAUAGUUGGUCCCAGUAUCUACCAAUGUACAGCACUCAAGAACCUAUUGCACCUCAAAUACAAAAUCAAAGUCCACCAGCUCCUGGUAGUCCAAUCCCUUCCUCGGACACACAUCCAGAAGAAGAAGAUGAAGAAGAAGAAUUAGUAGAAGCAGAAAUAAAUGUAGCCAGGAAGCCAUCGAGCGUUGCAGAACUGAAACGAAAACAAACGACUGCAGUUGUAUUAUUGGGUGUAAUAGGUGCUGAGUUUGGUCAAGAUGUUACUACAACAAAUCAAAAGAGGGACAAUGAACAAAGACGAAAGAGUUCAAUCGUAGAAGGUUUUGGAAUAGGAAACAAUAAUCUUGCACGACAUACUAGUAUGGCCCUUACUCAUCUAUUACAUGCACCUCAUUCUCCAAAAUUACCUCUACACACAGCAUUACGAAGAGCAGCAAUCGAUCUUAUCGGUAGAGGUUUUACCGUUUGGGAACCGUACCUUGACGUAUCAAAAGUGUUAUUGGGUCUAUUGGAAAUGUGUUGCGAUGCUGAUAAAUUAGUACCAAGCAUGACUUAUGGUCUUCCGCUCACACCUCAAGCUGAUACAUGCCGUACGGCACGUCAUGCUUUAACUUUAAUAGCUACCGCUCGACCUGCAGCAUUCAUUACCACGAUGGCACGGGAAGUGGCUAGAUACAAUACUUUACAACAAAAUGCGCAAACAUUAAAUGUAAAUAUGGGUGCAAGCGUUUUAGCUAGGGCAAAACCAGAAAUACUCAGAAUAGUUGAACAGUUAAUUGAUAAAAUGCAAAGUGAAAUGAGUGAUCUUUUAGUUGAGGUGAUGGAUAUUAUUCUACAUUGUCUGGACCCCGGUCAUCUGAAAACUAAACCAUUAAGUGAAGUGUUUCCAGCAGUAUGUAGGUUCAAACAAGUUAGCCACUGCCCGGCAACACGUAGGAUAGCAGUGGGCAGUCGCAAUGGUCAACUUGCCUUGUAUGAAUUAAGAGGAAACGUUAAGUGCCAGACAGUACCUGCGCAUACAGCAGCUGUAACUGCGUUAGCAUUUUCACCCGAGGGCAAGUUCCUGGUUAGCUACUCUUGUACAGAAAAUAAAUUAUGUUUCUGGCAGCAAACAAGUAGCGGUAUGUUCGGCCUAGGAAAUUCGCAGACACGUUGUGUGAAAUCAUACAGCACUGCGCCUAUUAAUGAUGUAGCACGAUUGAAUCCUAUGCGAUUAGCUCGAUUAAUAUGGAUAAAUAAUCGAACAGUCACAUUAAUUCUUGCUGAUGGAUCUGAAACAAGGUUUAAUGUGUAAACUGUAAACGAGAUCCCUUCUAUUCCAGUACCGAAGUAACAAAAAGUUAAAUGAAUGAUACACAGCAAGUGAGAGGUCAGUUUACCCGUUGAAAUAUGGAAGAAUUAUUUUAGGCGAUAGUGCUGUCGUGAACGUUGGUGCGUUUAUUGGUACUUAAUAGUGCUAACAAAUAAUUGGAUAUCGUAUCGUAUGGAAUAUACUUGAGUGAAGUUCAUCGUUGCACGACGCAGGAUAUGGCAUAGCAAUUAUCAUCGAGUAUUGGUAUGAAAAUUUCUUCCUUUUCAAUUUAUCUCGUUUUUUCUUUUUUCCCUUUUUUCUUCAUUUAUCUAAUUUAAAUAUUUAAUUUCUAUCUUUCUUUCCUUGGGAGGGAGUGCGCACUUUGCGUUAUUGUAGCACCUGUGAUAGUUUGAACGCUAUCACGCUUUAAAGAAAAAGUAUUCUUUUUAUCUAAUAAUUUAAUUGCACUGUCAUUUGAUUAUUAGUUACGUAGUUACAAGGCUGAACAAUUUUACUAUAGUUUCACGAGUCUAGACCGAGUCUAAACAGAAGUAUGAAACGCUUUCAUUGACACACAUAUACCGCAAAAUUUGUUGAACUAUUUCUACAUUGAGGAUUUGUGUGCCGUAUUGUACAUUAUGCAAUGUUAUAACGCGUGAGCUUCCAAAAGCCACGUUUACGUAUUCCUGAAAUUAUAAUAUAUAAUAGUUAAUAAAGGUUACCAUAUGGAGCCUCGUGUUGAAAGUACAUACAUGUGUAUAUAUACAUACCAAAAAAUGAAUUUUCGCCCGACGAUUUGUAUAUACAUAAUAUUUACAAUGGCGAAUCAUUAGUCAUUAUAUUAAUUUGUAUGAAAUAUUUUACGUUUAAUCUGUUUACAUAUACAUAUAGUUGAAACGCUUCAAAUGAAUUCCUGUUUUACAAAUUUUACAUAUAUUAUUUGGUCCCGUAAUUUGAAUCGCUUAACGAAUUAAAUGUUUUCGUCUCAUAGAGUUGCAUAUUGAGAAUGAUCGUACAUGUUUGGUGCUUAGAACUAAAGAUCAAGUGGAAUUGAGAAAGAUCAACGAUAAAUUCAUAUGAUUUCACGAAAGGUAAAUUUUCAAAAGCAGUUUAUCUAAAAUUUCAGUAUGUUCUAUAGUUACCUUAUAAUUUUUUAUAAAUAUUUCAUAUAUAAACAAUAUUACGUAAUUAAUAUUUAUUUCGUUAUUGAACGAACGAGGGAUUGAAUUUAAUCAGUAUAGUCAGUUGUGCUUUUUCUGUUAUGUUCUUUCCCAGAUUAAAAUGCUUCUCCACUCGUAACAGAACAAAUAUGAUGGAGACUAUAGAUACGAUAUUAUAUUGUUUUAGCGUAAUUUAUUGUCUUUAUUGCCUUGUGAGCUUAGCGCAAUGUUCUGUGUAAAUACAACAGAGACAUUUUAUGUACGUGUACGUUUUAAAAAGUUAUAUUUUUGUUGUUAAAUUUUUUAGUUAUUAUGACAAGCAUAACGAGAUAUGCAAUGGUAUUUAAAAUUCCUAUGUUGCAAUAUAGUUAUGUACAUUGUAAAUCGCACAAAAUUACGAAUGAGUUUCUCCAAAAAAAUUAUGAAUUCUUUUAGAUUAAAAAAUGAUUUGCGUUAACAUAACGAAGUAUAAUAAAUAUCUAUACAUAUAUGUUAGAACAAAUUAUACUAUCGGCAAUUUAACGUAAAUGUUAAAUCCAUUCGCUUAUAUUUUGUUAGAGGGUAUAUUUUUAUAAUUUUUUCUCCUUUUAGUAGAAAAUAUUAGAUAUACAAAUUCAUUCGGUGCCUUUCAAAUAAAAAUAUACAAUUUGAAUAUUUCUUCUGUGAAUUUAAAAUGCUACUGAUAAGUGGCGCAAGAGAAUGAUGAAUAUUUGAAUAGUUCAAGUUACACUAAGACUCUUUUAAAAACAAAUCUUUAAUUUAAAAAGAAAAGGCAUCAAAUUAAUUUGUACACUCAACAUAAUCAGAUUUAAAAAAAUAUACGACAAUGUAUAUUAAUUGUAGAGCAGUAUUUUAGAAGGAAAAAAAAAAACAGAAUCUGUCUUGUCUUUCUUUCAUCGAUAAAGUAUAUUUAUAUUUUAUAUGAUAAUUUAUCUUCUAUAUAAUAUUUUUACGUGAAGUAACAAUAAAUACCAGAAACAGAAGAAAGUGAAUGGAUCGAAAGAUAAAAUAAAAGUUUAUUUGUCGAUAAGAACAUUUAGAUUAUUUAUUAGUAUUCAGAUUACUGUGCGAGGCACAGUAAAAAGAAUUGUGUUAUUAUUAAAGGCAUUUGUCACGCAGGCGUGUCUAAGAUCGGUACCGAAACGAAAUACUCGUAAAUGCUGAAAAAGAAUACGAGACAGCAGAAUUCAAUCUUUGAUCGCAGCAUGAAUUGAGCGAACAAUUUCUCUGCAUUACUUCUAUCUUGUAUAUAUAAAACCGAACUAUGCCUAAUUGUAUGUAUGUAAUUAUUUAUGUGUACAUUAUAUUUUAUCGUGCGUUAUAUUUGACUGAAUGAAGGUGAAGAAAAUGAUCGAUAAACCUUUUUAUUGAUUAUUUUCUUACAGUCAGUAGCAAUGGUUGGUGAUGAAUAUUCGAUGUUUCUGAUCUGCAAAUUGAAUCGACUUUUAAAAGAUCCUGAAAAACUUACUGCCCUAUUAAAUUAUUAACUCUCAAAUUUCAAUAGAUACUACAAAACAUCAAAUACAAUUGAUUGAUAUGAUUUUUUAUCGGCCAUUAAUCCGAUGAAAAAGAAAAAAAAAAUUGACGUUUAUAUGCUCCAUUCGUAUGUGAGUAAAUAUACUACUUUUUGAGCAUUUGAAUACUUCAAAUCUAUUCUCUUAAAAUGUUGCAACUUUUUUAAUAUUACAAUGUUUUUAAUUAUUCAAAUGUCCCGAGUAAUUCUCUUGAUUCCAUCGCUAAUGAUAAUGUUCAAUGCAAAGGGAAGUAUACCGCACGUGUUGUUAAUCGUUAUGCAAUAAUUAAAUAUGUAUUUAAAUGUAUCCUAUAUGAAACGCGUUGCGUUUAAAAUUCGAUAAUAUAUAUACACACCAUAAAGAUGAA